CGAGGCUGGGACGGCCGUGCCGCCGCACCGCACGCCACAAUGCGGGAACAACACCGCCAGAUCUACAACAUCACGGAAGGCAUCCGGAGGAACUGCGAGGCCAACAUCAGCGACGCCGCCCAGGCGCGGAGCGGCGACUCGAGGCCGAUGUGCCCCGGCGUCUUCGACAGCUGGGUCUGCUGGCCGGACACCGAGGCCAACACCUCGGCCGUCAUGCCGUGCCCCUACUUCAUCAUCGGCUUCGACCCCAAGUUGAACGCUCACAGGGACUGCCUCUCGAACGGGUCGUGGUUCCGCCACCCGGAGACGGGGAACGAGUGGUCGAACUACACCACGUGUAUAAACUACGACGACUUAGCGUUUAGAAAUAGUAUCAUUUUAAUAAACGAGUUAGGAUAUUCCAUUUCACUCUUCGCACUAUUACUGUCCCUCGGCAUCUUAUUCUAUUUCAAGGCACUGCGGUGCACCCGGAUAACGCUGCACAUGAACCUCUUCGGCUCCUUCGCCAUCAACUGCACGGGCUGGCUGCUGUUCUACGGCAUCGUCGUGCCCAACUCCAACAGCAUCCUGAACCACAACCCGGAGUGGUGCCAGCUGCUGCACGUGGUCACGCACUACUUCCUGCUGUCCAACUACUGCUGGAUGCUGGCGGAGGGCCUGUACCUGCACACGGUGCUGGUGAACGCGUUCGGCGCCGAGGAGCGCCUCGUCAAGUGGCUGUACCUGCUGGGCUGGGCCGUGCCGCUGCCCAUCAUCGUGGUGUACGGCGUGAUGCGCGGCCUCGACCCGGACGCGCGCCAGCGCUGCUGGAUGGACGACACCAUGUACAACUUCAUCAUGGCCGUGCCCGUGUGCUUCUCGCUCGUCCUCAACUUCGUCUUCCUGCUCAACAUCGUGCGCGUGCUGUGGAGCAAGCUGCGGGCGGGUCCGAUGGUGGGCUCGCACUCGGAGCGGCCGUCGCGGACCCUGCUGCAGGCCGUGCGCGCCACGCUGCUGCUGCUGCCGCUGCUGGGGCUGCAGUACCUGGUGACGCCGUUCCGCCCCGACACGGGCUCCAUGUGGGAGCGCUUCCACGAGGUGGUCUCGGCCUUCUUCACCUCCUUCCAGGGCUUCGCGGUCGCAACUCUGUUUUGCUUUUGCAACGGCGAGGUGCUGGCGCAAAUGAGGAGGCGAAUGGAUUUCGUAUUUCAGAGACGGAGGGCCAAUUCCUAUACCGCCACCACCGUCUCGCUUUGAGACUUACUAACAUCUGUCUGCGUCGUUAGAGUGCGUUUUUUUUUUCUUCUUCCGCCGGCCUUUUUGGCGGCUGCAAAGCUUGGUCUGCGGCCCGCUCUUUAGUUCGGCACAAACACCUCGUCCUCCUUCCUUUAGCAUAAUCCCUUUGAGUGUGGCGCCUGCCUGCUAGCGGCGGUGCGGUUGUCGCGCUUAUCGCCAGCUCGGCCAGCCCCACAGGCAGCCAGCCAGCCAGUCUCGGCAAAGACCGGCCAGCCUGCACGGGCCGACGGGGCGGACGCCCCCCAUUCAUAGCGCUUCUCAUACAACUGGCAGGUCGCUGCCUUGCUGCCCGCCCCGCUCUGUAGAUAAGAAACGGAACCGCUGCCGGUGAGCAUCUGCGACAGUGUAUACGACUAGCGUAACCCUACACCGUUGUGCCCCAAAAGGAACCAGAAAACCAACAACAAGAACUCGGCAUUGCAUCCGCUCUGCUUGGCUGCGCACUGCGCCCUUUGCUUCCUUUAAUGAUCCCCCCGUCGUGGCUCGCGACGCUGCGGCGUGCCCGCCUGGCCCUGGGUAACUGCGCACGCGUGCGCGCCUCUCUG